GAAAAUCUGAGAAUUUUCACAAACAGUUGACUGUUUAGUUUCGAACGUGAGUGUUGUCAGCUGGUCGAUAUGAGAUCGGCAGCAUUGUUAGUGGUUUGCCUGCUGUGUGUAAACCUCAUACAGGCACGAGUUUUUCCACAAUGGUUUGGUCGACUAGAUGAAAUCCGUGAUCGCCAUCAGGGCGAAGAGAAACAUUAUGAGUCCCGCAACGAACAACGUUAUCAAGGGGAGCGUAACAGUUCGGAAGAGCAUCAGUAUCAUCAUGACUAUCAAGGUUAUCAUGGACACGAACAUGGUCACGGGCAUGGUCAUGGUCACGGACAUGGACCACCAGCAUGGAACACAACCUGGUCUCCACCCACAAAUUCCACACCAUCUUGGAACACAACAUGGACACCACCUGUAAACAAUUCGACCUGGCGUCCACCAUCUUGGAAUACAACUUGGACACCACCUACCACUAAUUCCACACCAUCAUGGAAUAGUACCUGGUCUCCACCCACAAAUUCCACACCAUCAUGGAACACAACCUGGACACCACCUGUAAAUAACUCAACCUGGCGUCCACCAUCUUGGAAUACAACAUGGACACCACCUACCACUAAUUCCACACCAUCUUGGAACAGUACCUGGUCCCCACCAUCGUGGAAUACUACAUGGACUCCACCCACGACCAACUCGACACCUUCGUGGAAUACCACCUGGUAUCCUCCAGUAACCAACUCGACACCAUCUUGGAAUACCACUUGGUAUCCUCCAGUAACCAAUUCCACACCCUCCUGGAACACAACCUGGGCACCACCAGUUACUAAUUCUACUUGGCGUCCCCCCUCAUGGAAUACCACAUGGACUCCGCCUACGACAAAUUCGACACCAUCAUGGAAUUCUACCUGGACUCCGACUCCAUCAUGGAAUACCACAUGGACUCCACCGACGACUAAUUCAACACCAUCCUGGAAUACCACCUGGUAUCCCCCAGUUACCAAUUCGACACCAUCAUGGAAUACAACCUGGUAUCCUCCUGUCACCAAUUCGACACCAUCGUGGAACACAACCUGGUAUCCUCCAAUCACCAACUCGACACCUUCGUGGAAUACCACCUGGUAUCCUCCAGUCACCAACUCGACACCAUCGUGGAACACCACCUGGUAUCCUCCAGUAACAAAUUCCACACCAUCGUGGAACACCACCUGGUAUCCUCCAGUAACAAAUUCCACACCUUCCUGGAACACAACGUGGGCACCACCAGUUACUAAUUCUACUUGGCGUCCCCCCUCUUGGAAUACCACAUGGACACCGCCUACGACAAAUUCGACACCAUCAUGGAAUUCGACCUGGACUCCACCUGGCAAUAAUUCGACGCCAUCAUGGAAUACCACUUGGACACCACCAACAACUAAUUCCACACCUUCGUGGAAUACCACCGGGAUUCCGCCAGUGACAAACUCGACAUGGGGCACGCCAUCAUGGAAUACUACCCACACCACGCCCUCGUGGAACAGUACCCACACCACGCCCUCGUGGAAUAGUACCCACACCACACCUUCGUGGAACAGUACUCACACCACGCCCUCAUGGAAUAGUACCCACACCACACCCUCGUGGAAUAGUACCCACACCACGCCCUCGUGGAACAGUACCCUCACCUCACCCUCGUGGAACAGUACCUGGACAACACCGUCGUGGAACAACACCUGGAGUACCCCAGCUUGGUCCACACCCACAUGGAAUAACACCUGGACAACACCCUCGUGGAACAACACCUGGAGUACCCCAGCUUGGUCCACACCCACAUGGAAUAACACCUGGACAACACCCAAAUGGAAUGGUACUUGGAGUUCCCCAAUUUGGACAACACCCUCGUGGAAUAGCACCUGGAGUUCGCCAACAUGGACAACGCCUAAAUGGAAUAACACCUGGACCACCACAAGACCCCUGUAAAUCUAUUGAAAAAAUU